UUACGCGCGUUAACGAUCGUGUCAUUCUCUGUUAUGUGUUAUUCUGCGCUCACAUUUGUCGUUCUUUCUUUUUGACUGACUUUUGCAAAGGAAAUCAAAAUUAAAACCAUUUUCAUUAUAUCUUGUUGCAUGUUACAGUGAAUAAUAAAGCAAGCAGAAAAAAAGUAAAAACGUGCGAGUUGUGGAGUUAAACGAUGUGCAAUGACAUCAGUCGUCUUCCAGAGAUCGAACAUUAUGUGCCUUUAAUUGAAAAGUGAUGAGUGAUUUUUCCGUCAAUUUAACACAUUUUACAUUUUUAUAAACUGAAAGAAGAACGAAAAAGAGAAAAAACAUUGAACCAAAACCAAUAAAAAAUUGCCCAAAAUAUCAAAAGAAAAAAAGUCGUGAAGGAGAAGAGAAUCAAGAGGAGCGUAAAUACGGAGGAGCAUCAAUUGUUGCCGGGGCGAGCGGCCAUUUACUGACGAAAUAUCACCAUCUUCUUGCUGAUCGAUUCAGUGCGAUAAGAGUGUUGCGGUUGCAACGAGAUUACUCUCACCAUGGAGGCACCGUCAAUGGUACAUCGAUCAGGCGAUAAAUUAAUAAUACGAAGUGUUGUAAGCGGUGAUCAAAUAUUUUUGGGUCAAAACAGUGAUAAAAAUGCACUUGAAAAACUCAAUCUCGCCGACUAUCAUGAUCCAACCAACGAUAGUAUCGAAGAAAUAAUAGACAAUAAUAAUUUACAAUCGCCAUCAUCGCACGAUAAAAAAGACGACGACAGUAAUUUGCCGCAGUGUAAAAUAAAGCGAAACUAUUCGUGUAACAAUUGUAGUUUUUUCACACAAAAUCCGCGUCAUUUUUUGGCACAUUUGCGCGACAUUCACGGCGAAAAAAUCAUUAUAAAUGAGUGUAAGCAUUGUUUGUACGCCUCGCGUCACUAUCAAAAACUGGUGCGUCACAUGAAAAUGGUGCAUGGCUCCACCGAUGGCCUAGAAGAGCAAGCACAAUCACGUAAACGAGCAUCGCAAUUGGCACGCGAAGAGAAAAAACGUAAAUUACAAUUAUUGUCGAGUGCCGGCAGUUCGACAAAUGUCAAUCUAAAUGAUUCAAUUUCCGUAUUGCAAGCAGCAGCUGCUGCGGCCGUUGUCGCCUCCUCGCCGAGCCACAUAGCCAAUAAAUCGUUGAACGCAUCGAUAUCAUCAACAAAUUCGGCGGCAACAACGUCUCAAUCAAACAUUGAUGCAUCAAAUCAAAUGAAUUCAGAAGUGUUAAAUCAAAAGUUUUUAAAAUGCACCCUAUGCGAUUAUACAACACUGUAUCGAACACAAAUGGUCGAACACGAACGCGAAGAACAUAAUAAAACGAAAUUCUUUCGAUGUCAAAAGUGCAGUUACGUUACACAUAUUAAAGCCCGUUUCAGUAAACACGUGAAGUAUCAUUCAAUGCCAAUGAUUAAGUGUGUUAUGUGCGAUUUUCGUACACCGUACAAGUGGAAUUUGGAUCGGCAUAUGAAGAAUCAUGGUGGAGCCGGUCCAUUCAAAUGUUCGGGAUGUAAUUUUACGGCAGACAUUAAACAGAGCCUAACUGUGCACGAAAUGAAUCACCAUGUUCCUCCAAUUGGACAUGCAACCGGCAUGAGCAUGGCACGCCGUCGAAAUAAAGUUGGCGGCACCGAUUUAAUGGACGCCGACUAUGGUAUGAUGAGCAUUUGCGAUAAUAGUGAUGGCGGCGAAGGCAUGGACAAUAACAAUAGCGAUGAUAACUUUGACAAUAGUUCGGAUGUGUCAAAACGUACAAAAUAUGAAAAUGAUUUAAUUGAAGAGUAUCAAUCAAGUGCGGCCGAUUUAUCAAACAAAUCCACGACACCGGUGCCAACACCAACGAAAAAAGCCGUACGACCAUUACCAAAUUUAAUCCCAAUUCAACCGACCACAUCGGCUGAUGCAAUGAAUUUAAGCGUACGCUCCAAGAAAAACGAUUGGGAUUUUUCGACACAUGGCAGCAAGAUUUGGGGUUCAAUUGAAAAUCUAUUCGGCACCGAAAUUGCAAAGUCGAAAAAACAAGAAAGUGUCUUAAAAGAUUUGGCUUCAUUAUUUGUUAGCGAAGAAGUGUUUGAUGGUUCGGAAACGUCACAACUGUCGCCCGUUUCAACAGCAUCGUCGGUCAAGCGCAAGAAUACCAAUUUCUUUAAUGAAUUGAAAGAGAAAUUCGCCACCGGCAGUCGAGAUUUAAUGUGCGAAUGUGGCCAUUCAUCGAAAUGCUUAUCGGAAGCGAUUAUUCACAAGAAAAGUUGUGGCAAAAAUUCAGGAAAACAAAGUAUUUCGCCGGUUAAUUUAAUGGUCAGCAAUAUGGGUUCAACCCGUUGCCAAUAUUGUCGACAUCGUUGUAAGUCGAGCGCCGAUCUCUAUAUUCACUUGCAAAGUUGUGCGGAGGCAAGAACCAGCGCCGAAUCAUGUGAUUCGGCAUCCGAAGUCGAGAGCAACAAUGAAAAACAAUCGCUUGACAUCAGCGGCGAAUUGACCGACGAAGGAAUGAUUGAUUUAACCAGUGAACCGCAUCCAAUGGAGAACAAAGUGUUUGUUUGGAAUAAAUUGCCACAACCGUCAACAAUGAAUGCCGUUCAAUCUCAACCCGAUCCAAAACCAAUGAAUGACAUUCAAAGCGAAAACGUUGCGCAAUUAGACGACGGCGAUAAUAAUGAUGAUGAAAAAGCCGAUGAAAGUACAUAUUAUGGAAUCGAAACCGCACCCGGUUACGGAGAAGUGACAAAGAAAAUGCAUCCAAACGAUGAAGCAAUGCAUUCGUCAUUGAAAAAAGUGUUCAAGUGUCCGCAUUGCUCAUUCUGGGCAUCAACUGCAUCAAGGUUUCACGUUCACAUCGUUGGUCAUUUGAAUAAAAAACCAUUCGAAUGUUCGUUGUGCUCGUACCGAUCGAAUUGGCGCUGGGAUAUUACCAAGCAUAUUCGUCUAAAGACCAUCCGUGAUGUCAGCCAUAAAAGUGCCAAAGUUCUUAUGAAUGACGAAACUGGACGAAGAAAUUACACAAAAUACAAUAAAUACAUAACAUUGAUGAAGGUGACCGAUGAAGAUGGCGACCCAAAACACAUGAAAUCGGGCGAAAUGACACCAAGCCAAGAAGCGGCAAUGCAUAAACGAAAACACCACGAUGUCGAACAAUCGGAUGAAGAUAAAAUAGCACUUGCACAAAAUGCCUUACUCUAUAGCAUAUCAAACAAUCAAUUUAAUUCGAGCACCGACCAUGAUGAGGACAAACAAAAUGACAACGAUGCCAACACAAAAAAGGUCUCAUUCAAAUGCAAAAAAUGCAAUUUUAGACACAGCAAUCGUGAUGUGGUGUUGCAACAUGUCAAAGGCCAUUAUAAAGAAGCAAAUAUUCCGAUUGACGAUCAAACAAACAACGCAGCAACAGUGGCAGCAGUUGCAGCAGCGGCCGGUCUCAAUGCCAGUGAAUUCAACAAUAAUGUCUAUUCUGUAAAUGGAAUUUUAUCAGCCUUAUCGCCAAGCGCUAGUAAAUUGCUAAUUCAACAUCCACAAUUAUCAUCGGCCGAUCAAACGCAAAUUCGUAUUCAGGCAUUAAAUCAGUUGAGCGGUAAUUCAUCCCAUCUAUUUUUGGCUGAACUUAAACAGCAGCAACAACAACAACAAGCCAUUCCAUCAAUUAAUACACAAAACGUAAACGUAAAUGCAAAUCAAUCAUCAAUCGCAUUACAAACACCGGCAAAUGCAAGCCAAAAUCAAUCAAAUCCUUCUAGUACCGCAACUAACGAGAACGGUGAGAUGGAUGAGGCAAGUUCUGGGUUAAAUUCGGUAAAUGGUUGGCGAGGCACCACAGCUAUAAGUAGUCCUUAUCGCUGUGGUAUUUGUCAUCAAGUUUCAAACUGGAAGCAUGUAAUUCAGCGUCAUUGUCGUUUGAAGCACGAUGGAGACAUUCAAAUCGAGAUAAAAAUCAAAGGAAGUAACGACGCAUAUCAACCGUUGGCAUUACAUAAUGCAAAUAACGCAGCAUCAUCAUCAUCAUCAUCAGCACCACCAACAACAUCGUCAUCAUCGAGCAAUGCACCAACAUCUGGAGCGGAUAAUAUUGCCAGUACAUCAUCAUCGAGUGGAAUUGAAAAAGAAAGUUUAUCCUAUCUCACCAAGCAAUAUCCGAUAAAAUUGCCGGUCAUCAAUAGUGAUUCAAAUAAAAGCGUUACCGAUUCAAAUGCCAAGGACAGUGUUGGUCUAACCGAACCAACGAUGGACGCCGAUCAACGUAAUUUAUUGAUAAAUUUAUUGAAAAGCAAUCCAAUUUUAUGCAAUGAAAAUGCGGCAUUCAAAAAACUAGCAUUGGCACUCAUAAAACCGACCGAGUUUCGUUGUCAAUUAUGCAGUUUUGAUGCGCCAAACGAAACAAUUCUCACGCAACACAUUCAAAUGCACUUGACCAGCGAAAGUAAUUUGAUUAGUUUGAUUGCGGCCAACGCCGCUGGCGACAAAACGGUGGCACUCGAUUUAGAUGACGCAAUUAUUACAAACAAAGUACCAAAUAAAGCCUUUAAUCGCUCUAGCGAAUCCAGCACCGAUGCAAACGAUCAAAUGCAAUCGCCAAACAAACAAAAGAUUUCCGAACGUCAAGUCUUAUCAAAUGGCAAACAAAAUGAUAAAACAACACCGGACAAAUCGAAAAACGAUGAAAAAUGUCCGCAUUGUCCGUUUAUCACAAAUAAAUCAGAUGUGCUGAAGGAGCAUAUGAUGUGCCACAUUUGUGUAUCGGGUCGCGUUAAUUUGGCAAAUUGUAAUUUUUGCGAUUUUUCCAUCGCCGAUGAAACAUUACUGCCCGCACAUAGUUGCAUCCAUUUUGGACUGAUCAAAAGCAAACAAAAACCAGUGGCCUUUUACACGAGCUAUGAUAAUUUAGAAAUAACCACAAUCGAUCAGCAAAACAACAACAAUAGUAGUUCAAAUGGUGAUAAUAACAAUGAUACCACUCACCAAAAUCCAUAUGCAAAUGUGAAAACGCUGUAUCCAAAAAUAAACUUCGAUUUACAAUAUUCCAGUGAUAAAGAAAACAAAAUUCUAGUUGAUACCGACACUGGUCAUGUAAUCAAAUAGGUGGUUUGUCGCAUUGAUAAACACACACCGACAACCAUAUAUACACACAAAUGCCGGAACUGAAAAAAUGUUCGCGGUUUUGAGGUUAAGCGUUUAGCAUUAUUAGUUAGAUAUUAAGUAACCGCUCUUGUCCCGUUGUCCGAUUGGUUUCUCUGAACUUCUAGUUUUAUAGGUAUAGUAUGUGCGUUUUGCGUGGCCACAGCCUGGACCACAAGCCAUGAGAAACAAGAGCGGCAAAUUUAUAUAUAUAUAUAAAGAUCUAUAUAUUAAUGUAAUAUUUCAAUCUCUCUUUAUAACUAAUGUGUUUUUUUUCUCUGGUAUUGAUGGACCAACACUUUACAUUUAUACAGCAAAUUUUUUCUAGAAUUUUAGUGCCGAUAAUAAAACCAAUAUAUGUAUAAUAAUAUAAACAUACCAAAAAAGAAACCGCGCGAUCAAAAUACAUAUAUAUAUACAAAUAGAAACGCAUUUAUUGAAAUAGUCGGAACAUUGUUUACCAAUAAAAUUGAAUCUAUAAACUUUUACACAGACGCAAACACAUUAUAAAUGUAUAACAAAAUUAAGUACAUUGCAAAGAAAACGAUGUACUAUAGCGAAUUGAAUUUACAGAAAAUGUAACCGGUUGCCACAGCUACACACCACAUAGAAAGAUAGAUCAGACGCACAUCCAUGUUCACUUAUUACACACAGUCAGGUGUCGGCCAUAACGAAAUACAAACAACAACAACAAAAAAAAACCAAACAAAAAAAAUUCUUAAUUACCAUUUAAGCUUAAUUAUUAUUAUCAUACGAUUUACAUGUAUACAGCAGAGCUAAGAACACCACAUUUAUUAUAUUUUCUGUAUUCUUUUUUUCUCUAUCGUGUUAAAUAAUUCACUUUAAUGCGGAAGUUGUUCGAUCAAUUUCCAUCUUAUUAUUGAUUUAUUAACUAUUAUAUGUUUUUUUCGUUUUUAUUUGAUAAAAUUAUUAAUGAUUGAGUCGCAGAGCAAUUAAUACAUUUAGUUUAUUGAAGCUGACGGUGAUAUGUUUCACCAUUAGAUAUUAUCUCUCUCUAUAUAUGCUAUGUAGUUUGAUCCUUUAUUUAAGUAUAUUUUCAUUUAUUUUUUUUCUUUUGUUCAAUAUUAUUAUUCGCGAGUGAAAAAUGCAGUCGUUUGGAUUUAGUUUGUUGCUUAGCUAAGUGUGCACACAUUUUGUUCUUAUGAGAACCAAAAAAAAUUGUGGCUGAUUGUCAUUAUGAUUUAAAUAAAAUUGCAUUAAAUCCCCACAUUUAGGUUUAUUUAUAUGAAGAAAGAAAAAGUUCAAACAAUUUGUUACCUUUUAAUUUAACCAAAUUUGCGUAUGCACGCACCCCUCUCCCCCAUUCAAUGUUUAUUUUCGGUUUAAGUUUAUUUGUCGAAUUUCUAAUAUUUAUCUAUAAGAAAAUAAUAAAAUGUGCAGAAAAAUAGAAAAAACAACCAAAGGAUAUCAUGCCAAAAUGACACAACUAAAAUUACCACACAUUUUUUGUUUUACCGGUUAAAAAAAGAGCAAUAUCAAUUUGAUUUUUAUUUUUA